AUGGGCUUAUUUCAAUAUCGAACAAUAUUCCCAUUACGCUUUAUUUGUCGGUAUACGAGUACAACUCGUUUACAAGUAUUUCAAAAUGCCAUGCAAAUCACUGACCCACAACGAAUUCGUAAUGUUGGAAUCAUUGCACAUAUUGAUGCAGGGAAAACAACAACAGUUGAGCGAAUGUUAUAUUAUGCUGGAUUCAUUCGAUCGAUGGGUAACGUCGACGAUGGAAAUACAACUAUGGACUAUAUGGAACAAGAACGUGAACGCGGUAUCACAAUCACGUCUGCAGCGAUUACAAUUCCAUGGAAUAAACAUCGUCUCAAUCUGAUUGAUACACCCGGACAUGUGGACUUCACCAUUGAAGUUGAACGAUCAUUACGAGUUCUCGAUGGAGCAGUAACCAUACUCGAUGCAUCUGCUGGUGUUGAAACUCAGUCAUUGACAGUCUGGAGACAAGCUAAUCGCUAUCAUAUUCCACGGAUAAUCUACAUCAAUAAAAUGGACAAACCAACAGCAAAUCUAUCGAUGUGUCUUGAAUCAAUUAGACAAAAAUUUGCUAUAGAACCGUUACUUCUUCAUACACCUCUUGGAUAUGGCAAACAAUUCACUGGUUUUCUUGAUCUAUUGAAUGAAACAGUCAUCUCUUCAGAUAAAACAUCGAACUCCUCUUUAUCUGACCUUCUUGCGAAAGAUCGAGCAAAAUUAAUCGAAAAACUCGCUGAUAUUGAUGAUAAAAUAGCUGAACUAUUACUAUUUAAUGAUAAACCAAUUUCAUCCAAUCAAUUAACAGAAGCAAUAUGUCGUCUGAUGGUAAACGAUCAACGUUACGUACCUGUUCUCGUCGGUAGUUCUUUGAAAAAUCUCGGUGUCCAAACUUUACUCGACGCUAUUGUGAACUAUCUUCCAACUGCGAGAGUCAUUCCAGGAACAUCAGCAACGAAUGUAGGUACGUUAAUGUACAUAUUCAAAACCAUUCAUGAUCGACAAAAGCAGCCGUUAUCAUUUGCGCGCAUCUAUGCUGGCUCAGUAAAACGACGGAUGGGACUGACGAAUGCACGAACGAAUGACAAAGAGCAGAUCAAUAAAGUGUUUCUGCCGUUUGCUGAUAAUAUGGAAGAUGUCGAUGAGAUUCGAGCAGGAUCAAUUGCUGUUCUCAGCGGAUUUAAAGAAGCGUCAAGCGGUGACAUACUUGUUGCCAAUAAGAAACCAAAUCUUACUAGUCAUUUACACGAUCUAAAACAACAAUAUACUUUUCUACCUGAUCCUGGUUUAGAAGCACCCACGCCAGUUUUCUUCUGUACCAUUGAAACUUAUUCUGAAAGUGGUCAAAAACAGCUCGAUAUCGCGUUGAAAAAUAUUAAACGUGAAGAUCCAUCAUUGCGUGUUCGUGUUGAUGAGCAAACAGGUCAGACCAUACUCUUGGGUAUGGGCGAAUUACAUAUCGAUAUCAUUCGUGAUCGACUAAAACGUGAAUAUGGCUUGGAAACAUAUCUUGGUCCAUUGAAUGUGAAUUAUCGUGAAACACCACGAAAAUCCAAUCAACAGACGAUUGUUUGGAAUUCAACAAUCAACGAACGACAUGCAACUAUUUCGAUUACCAUGUCGAUAGAUCCUAUUGUUGUAGAAGAUAAGACGAUCGUAUCGUUUUCAGAAGUGAAACUAGUUCGGACGGAAGAACAAACUUUUGAACAUUUAAGAAAAGAUCAUCUCGACGCAAUCAAUCACGGAGUUCGUCUUGCAUUAUCAACAGGAUGUGUCAAAGGUGCUGAAGUUAUCAAUGUUCAAGUUAAACUACAUGACAUUCAGUUAACUGGAUCGAUAUCACCAGCAUUAUAUUCGGCAGCUGCAUCUGAUUGUAUUCGUGUGUGCCUUCGUCACGCCGAGUGCAUUCUUCUUCAACCGAUGAUGCGCGUUGAACUGGUCUGUGCAGCUGAUCGUACACAACCCGUUCUAGAAGAUUUAGCCAGACGACAUAGUCAGAUCAUUGAUGUACAACAAGGAACUGGCAACGGAUUACAAGAAUCAAUGAGUACAAUAAUAAGCCGAACCCCGCUAGCAGAACUAAUCGGUUAUAGUUCGACAUUACGAACAUUAACCAGUGGACAAGCAGAUUUUACGCUAGCUAUUGAUGGUUAUGAGCCUGUGUCAAACCAUUAA